AUGGUAGAUCUCAAAGAUGCUCAAUUGGACUAUCUCUUGCUUGCAAUUUCACAAGGCGUUGAUAGUGGGAAAGUGGUGAAUACUACGGGAACUGAUAUAAAAAUGAUACAAUUACAUCUUACCGAUUCUGAAGUAGAUUGGAAAUUCAAUGCCUCCGAGCAAAGUGCUGAAUUUGCAAAGAAUUUUAUGGCACUUUUUAAUAUUCAAUGUAUUGGUGCCUUGGAUUUCCAGCACGAUUGUAUCAAAAACUUGGAGAAGAUGUUAGAGGCUAAAGAUCAUUAUAUUACAUUCUUGACUGAAAAUUACAAGGCCAUUAAUGGGGAGGAGUUAUUGAAGCGCUAUCAUCUAACACUGGCAGUACAAAAAUUUGAUAAAAUAGGAAACAUGAAACGAAAUAAAGAAAUGUACAAACAAAAACAAAUAUGGACUCUAGUUGAACGUGCAUUGAAGGAAAUGGAAUUUGAUGAUAGGACUAUUUUAAAUGAAAAAGAAUUAUAUAAGACGAGUGAUUUAAUUAAGAAAGAAAGACAGAUUGGUAUUAAAAGUGAAGAUAUACAUAAUUUAUCACCACCAAGUAACUCUCAAAAUUUUUAUCAACGAGAAAAUCCAAAAAUAGACGAGGAUUCACUAGGCAUAGAUUCAUUAUCUUCAUCACAACAUGGACCUCAAGCAAGAAAACGUCGACGUAUUGGAGGGAUGACAUUAGGAAUACGGAAACGAUCUUCGAGUCCUGUGAAAGGUCUCCAAAUAAAAGACAAUCACAUAAGGAUCCCAUCAAGCCCAGUAAUGCCAUCAUCUGAUGACAAGAACGAAGAAUAA